AUGUGUUCAAAGGAAGAGUUACCUAAAAGCCUUUCGGAUGUUUCGAAAAUUCCGAAGCAAGAAGUGCAAGAGCAACCUGGUUCAUACAUCAUAUCAUCUAGUGUGCAAUAUGAAAUGAAACCUCAACCUCUUGUCCAUCAUUUACCUGCCGACGACGAACAUCUCGUAGAAUAUCAAGCAGCUGGAAAAUUAAAAUCUAAAAUUGCUCUUAUUACCGGAGGUGAUUCUGGAAUUGGUCGAUCAAUAGCGACCUUAUUCUCACUCGAAGGUUGUGCGGGAAUAGCAAUUGUGUAUUUGCCACGUGAAGAAAAAGACGCACAAGAAACUAAACGAAGGAUUGAGAAACAAUCGAGUACUCAGGUGGAAUUGAUUUGUAAGGAUGUUGGAUGUGAAGAAAACGCAAUUGAAAUCAUUGAUCAUGUGGUUAAAAAAUGGGGCAGAAUUGAUGUGUUAGUAAAUAACGCUUCGGAACAACAUGUGGGUGGAAAUGUUCAGGAUCUUAGCGCAGAGCAGCUUGAGAAAACUUUUAGCCUUCAGUUGGUUUGUAAAGGAAUUCGCGUUAAUGCCGUUGCUCCAGGACCGAUUUGGACACCUUUGGUCAAAGCAAGUUUCCCUCCUGAAAUGCUAGAGGACUUUGGAAAAGAGACGCCUUUUAGUCGAGCAGGCCAACCUUCAG